AUGGAUCCCCCCGUCGCCCCCAGUUACCUGCGGAACUCCUCCCAUCUCCUUCCCUGGCUGCCGCCCCCCACCCUGUCCCCGUCCAACCGCUCGGACUCGUCCCCCCCGGGAGGCGAGAGCGUGUGGCAGUCCCUGGCCCUCUCCGCCAUGCUCCUGGUGGACCUGCUGGCCGUGCUGGGGAACGGGGCCGUGUUGGCCGUCAUCGCGCGCACCCCACAGCUGCACAAGCUGGCCUUCGUCUUCCACCUGUGCCUGGUGGACCUGCUGGCGGCCCUGGUGCUGAUGCCCCUGGGCAUGCUCUCGGGCCGCGCCCCGCUCAGCGAGGCCUUCUGCCGCAGCUACCUGGGCCUCAGCGUCUGCCUGGUGGCCGCCUCCAUCCUCUCCAUCUCCGCCAUCAACGUGGAGCGCUACUACUACGUGGUGCACCCCAUGCGGCACCAGGUGAAGAUGACGCUGGGCCUGGCCCUGUGCGUGCUGGCGGGCAUCUGGGUCAAGUCUGCCGUCAUGUCCGCCCUCCCGCUCCUGGGCUGGGCCUUCCCGGGGGCCGGGCCGGGGGCCGGGGACGCGGCCAGGGGCUCGGCUCCCUCGCCGCAGGGCCACAGACGCUGCUCCCUGCACUGGACGGGCGGGGGUGGGGGCGGGGUUUGGGGCGGGGUGGGUCGCACGGCCUUCAUGGUCCUGUUCGCCCUGCUCUACUUCCUGUGCCCGCUGCUCAUCAUCCUGGUGGUGUACUGCAACAUGUUCAAGGUGGCUCGCGUGGCGGCGCUGCACCAGGGCCCCCUGCCCACCUGGAUGGACACGCCCCGCCGGCAGCGCUCCGAGUCGCUGGGCAGCCGCUCCACCGCCGCGGCCAGCUCCGGCGGGGGUCCCCGAAACACGCCCCAGCGCUCCUUCGGCGGGGGCAAGGCGGCGGUGGUUCUGGCCGCAGUCGGGGGCCAGUUCUUGUGCUGCUGGCUGCCCUACUUCUCCUUCCACCUCUACUCCGCCCUGGCCUCCAGCCCGCCCGCCUCCCUGGCCCAGCUGGAGGAGGCCGUCACCUGGAUAGGCUACUUCUGCUUCACCUCCAACCCCUUCUUCUACGGCUGCCUCAACCGGCAGAUCCGGGAGGAGCUGGGCCGGCACCUCUCCUGUCUGCUCCAGCGGGGCGGGGGCACGGACGAGGACCGGCUGCCCAGCCGAGAGGCCUCCAUCGAGGAGAACUUCCUGCAGUUCCUCCAGGGCACCGGCUGCAACCAGGAGCCGCAGAACUCCCGCAACGUCUCCAGCCCGAAGGCGGAGAUCUGCAGCCCCGGCAAUCAGCAGCCCCAGGCACCUCCCCUGCGCCCGCCCACGCCCAUCGACUUCCGCAUACCCGGGCAGAUCCUGGAGGAGACCUCGGAGCUGAUGGAACAUCGCCACCUGGGCAGGGACCUCACCAUGGACGAAAGCCACAUUAAGACCGUACCCCCUGCCAGAUCUGAGUUGGAAUGCCCAAAUGUUCAUCAUAAACCGGUGAACGGGGUUUCGCCCAGUCAGGAAAGACAUCAAUUCAAUUGAUGAAUUGAAAAAAUUGUUGCCGUGUUUCUCGGUUCAAGAAUUGAACUUCAAACAAUUUCUUGAAUUUACUACGUGGAAAUAGAACUGAUGCAGAGUGUGCUCUGUUGUUUCUGCCUGUAUUCAGUUCACCAAAGUCUACUUGGGAAGGGGGGCGGAUAUUUGAAUGCCUUUGAGAUUGAGCUCAAGCAGGAGAUUCGCUUUUGUGGUACAGUAGCACGUCCGGAAUCUUACGGUGUUUAAUCGAGGACAAACAAAUCCAAUUCGCCAACCAGUUUGGGAGGAAUUCUGAAAACCAUUAGAUUAUCGGUAUAAUCUAUUCUUUAGCUUCUUCAUGCUUUCUUUAUCUUACGAAUGAGUUUACACCUAGUUUUGUAACAGCAUGGUAGUUGAAGAAAAGGUCUGUUGUUUGAAAAGCAGUUGCGUGAUACAGGAUCUCUCCUUAUGAAGCCGUGACAUCAUCAAAGUCAGGAAGGGCUACAGGCGCUCUCUUCCCCUGCCUCUUCUGUGACACCUAACCAAAAAAAAAGAUUUUCAUUUGCCUUCCUUUGAAGAGGUGUUUUCAAAGAUAGGUAAAUGAGAGAGAAACCAACCUUUUUUGCACUUGACAAUCCACGGAAGCUUAAGUUCAAGGUACGGGCGUAAGAGUGCCACUGGAUGGUCGUGGUUGACCUGUUGCGUUUCUUUUUCUGAACAAUCUGCCGCAGGAUUGCGAUGAAUGCUGUGUCUAAUCUACUGAGCACUGUAAAUGGGUAAUGUUUUCACCCUGCUCUUUUCUUUACAAAAAAACGUUGUGGGAAUGUUGUGAGGGAAAACUCACACUUUCAGGGAUUUUUGCACAUAGUUUUUCACAUUAUUCCAUUCUUUCUGCCAAAAUGAUACAUACAUAAAUAGAUAUAUAGAUUCUCAAAGUGCUUUACAGUGCUGUGGGGGAAACUCACCUCAACCAUUCCACAUGUGUAGCACCAACUGGGUGAUGCACGGCAGCCAUUUUGUGCCAAAAACGCUCACCACACACCAGCUAAGGUGGAAAGGGAGCGAUCAUUAUUUUAGGCAAUUAAAUAUGGGGAUGAUUAGGUGUCAGGUUGAGAGAGCCAGGUUGGAAAUUUAGCCAGGACACCAAAGAACCCCCUACUCUUUGCGACAAGUGUCAUGGGAAUGUCCACAUUGACUCAGGACCUCAUCCCAAAGAUUGUGACAGAUUGCAGCUCUAUUUGAAAGCCACAGAGCAGUGUAUCGUCCUCUUUAAAAACAACACAAACAAAUUACUGAGCAAUGUGAUGAGAAUCAGGCCAAUUCCCUCAGCCCAAGGGUUCAAUAUAGUGGCAGUGGCAGUGUGGAGGAGAAAAAAAAAACAUUCACUUCCUUCAUAUUACAAGAUGGAAGAUAGAUCAGCCUCCAUUGUUUUUGCUAGUUUUUUUAAUAAAAGGAAUUUCCACAUUCACUGACUGAAUUACAUAAUUCAAAUGUUCAUCAUUAACAAGUUUUAUUUAUCGAUUUGAACACCCAACCACCAAUGCCAAUGGUAUAAAUAGCAAAACGACGACGUGUGUAUAUUUAUAACGGGUGCCUGAAUUCAUUAACACUUUUCCCUGCCUACAUAUGUAGAAAUAGGUUACAGAAAAAUAUGUUGCCUGGAUCUUGUGAUUUGUCUGCAUAUGGCUGAUGUGUGUCUGCAAUUUGAAACAGUGCAUUGAUUGUGACUGUACACAAAUUUGGAUAUAUUCGCUGCAUGCAGUAGAUAUGCAGUUGAUAUGCAGUUAACAGAGAUUAAACACUUUUUAACUUAGCAUAUCUCAGCCCAAAAUGGCUUUCAGUCAUGACAACAGGUGUCCAGUUGAACUGCGAUCCUCACAGGAGAGAGAGGGAGAGAGGGGGAGAGAGAGAGGGAGAGAGGGAGGGAAUGAGGACAGCACCUUGCCUUCCGCUGCAGCUCCUGACUGCUUAUGGGUAAACCCUGGCCAACGUGUGGAGGGUUGCUGUGUUUUGCUGUAAGCACAGUGGCUUGUUGUGCCCACACUGCUGGGGAUAGAGGCAGAGUUUACACCUGUCACCUGCCAUCGGCUGUCUGUCCUUUACCUGAGCCUCACGUGGCUCAGCUUCCCCUCUCUUUACUCUCUCUAUCACUCACUCAUUCUUCUCUUUCUCUCUCACUCACUCAUCUGUUCUUCUCUCUAUCACUCGCUCAUUCUCCUCUCUAUCACUCACUCAUCCCUUCUUCUCUCUAUCACUCACUCAUUCUCCUCUCUAUCACUCACUCAUCCCUUCUCCUCUCUAUCACUCACUCAUCCCUUCUUCUCUCUAUCACUCACUCAAUCUUCUCUCUAUCACGCACUCAUGCCUUCUCCUUCCCAGUGGGAGCAUUGGGGAGUGUCAGGGGUAAUAAUGUAGUAUAGACACUGGAUAGAGAGAGAGACA